GGACCUGCUCGUCGGACGCCGUGAGAACUUCAGACCUGCUCUUUGGUACUUCACACGCCGUGAAAAACUUCGGAUCUGAUCUCCCUCCUUCUCUGCUCUGCUCUCAUUUUGAUCUGUCGGAUCUGCUCUGCUCUGCCGUGAGAACCGGAUCUGCUCUCUGCUGUCUGAAGUUCGGAUCUGAUCUGCUCUGCUCUGCUGUCUGAAGUUCGGAUCUGCUCUGCUAUGCCGUGAGAACUUCCACCGCCGACAUGAAGAUGAUCUUGACCAUUGUACACAGAGUAGUUGGACAAGGAUUCGUGCCUCGAAAGAACUUCCACCGCUGUCUGAAGUUCUGAUCUGGUUGAUUUCCCUUCCUUCACGGUUGUGGUACCUGCACCACCGAUUAAGUCAAAGAUCUUCGUCGGCAGUGUUCGUGUUCAAGACCGCCCUUUACUUGUUCCAGGUUUUGAGCGAUGAGAGAGGAAGAGGAGAGAUUGGAAACUGGGCCGGAAUUUUUUGCCCCUGCCGGAGGCCGGCCACCGGAUAGAAGUAAACAAAUGUUAAUCACUGAUUUCUGGAGCCUUGCUUCCAACCAUGGCUAUGCUUCAGUGGAGGAUCAUAGAGAAUUAGUGCCUAAGGAGAUCAGGCCGAAGGAGGGUGCAGCAAUGGGGGACCAACGACCUGGAGGAGAUGCUGAAGGUCGUCCUCGAUCCUAUGCUGCUGUGUCAAAGAAGGGGUUGCCAGAUGUGGAUGAUCUUCCAGAGCCUAUCCGCGCUGGGCCUCUGACUAAGGUGGUGGUACCACAAGAGGCCUAUGAAGAGGAACUUCAAACGUUCUCUUUUUCCCUGAUCGGAAGGGUUAAUUUCAGGUUCAUCUCCAUGGAUGAUAUUCGUCGUGAUUCGGCAAAGUUAUGGAACUUGAAGGGGAAGAUUAAUCUUGCUUCUCUAGGGAAGGGUUUCAUCCUCUUCCGGUUUGAGAGGGAGGGGGAUAUGUCAUCGGUAUGGAGACGAGAACCCAUUAAAGUUGGGACUCAGGUGAUUAGAUUUCAGAGGUGGAGGCCAGAAUUUAGCAUCCAUGAUAAUCACACCCAAACUAAACUAGUCUGGGUUCAUUUCCCUGAACUUCCGAUGGAGUAUUGGCAUGAAAAAAUCCUUCUGACAAUGGCCAAAGCCGCAGGGAGGCCUGUAGCAUUGGAUCGCAAAACAUUGAAUGGCACCAUGGGCAACUACGCCAGAGUCCUCGUUGAGGUCGAUUUGGUCGGAGCCAGGGUGGAGGAGAUCCAAGUGGAACGAAUGAAACCUGGUACAGACAUCGUUUUCUGGUUCAAACAGCGGGUGCUGUAUGAGGACGAUCUCUCAAGAUGCACCUUAUGCAAAAAACAGGGCCAUAUGGCCAACCAAUGUCGCGAUAAGAAGGACGAAAGAAAGCCUGUUAACCAGAAUAAUGGCAUUUCUCUUGCAGAUGUUCAUGUCCAAGGUAACUUCGCCGGAGUUGGGAGAGAAGGUUCCACUGCAAAAACGGCCAGCCCCAGCUGUGUGAGGAGUCCCAGAUUGGUAGGAGAAUAUUUCUCUCCUACGGUUAUGGAAACAGUGAAUGGGGAAAUUAAUUGCCUUGUGGAGGGAAAUCUGGUGGUUGACUUAGACAAAGAUAGUAUUUCUAAUGAUGGAAAUACACUUUCACAGAAUUUGGGAGGACCGAAUUCUAUCAAUAAUCACUGCAGGGAGAAUCUGGAGCCAAAUAUGGUGGAUAAUCCAUUGGGUGAGGGUGAAUAUGGGUCGGACCAUAUCAAUACGGUAUCCGACGGGGAAUCUGACUCUGUGGAAAGCGAGCAGCGAAAGGAUGAUGCUAAUCCAAGGGUUGGAAACAAUUUGGAGGAAUCUUUUGCAGCUUGGAACUUAAGGCCUCGACGUAAUAUUAAUUACAAUGGAGGUCAUGCUGGUCGAGGAUCAACUAAAGGUGGUAGAGGCGGUAGAGGUGAGGAAGGGGUGGUGGCUGAGCAUAUUGUAAAGGGACUUCCUCCCACCCAGCUGGAGGGAGGAGGUGCUUUUGUUCACCAUCCAGAGGUUGCUGCUAUUGAUAAUGCUUUACGCGCAGAGGAGGCGGCAGCAAGGAAAGGCAAAGUUAUAGAAAAGGAGCAGACAUCCAAAUCGGCUCAUCAGACCUAUACCAAAAAGUGACAUAAUGAAGCUGCUAUUCUGGAAUAUCAGGGGUAUGAAGAAGGCCUCUGGUAAGAACGCCUUACGUGUUCUUGUGAAAGAAAAGGAUCCUGAUAUUCUUUGCAUUGCGGAGCCAAUGAUCGAGGUAACUAAUUUCCCUAAUUUAUUUUUUAAUAGAUUGGGUUUCUGUUGCAAUUUUAUUCAUAAUUCUCGGGUCGGAAAGGCCCCAAAUUUAUGGGUAGUUUGGAAGAGGAAUUUAAAUAUUCCUACAAUUAUUGC